GAAAGAGAGAGAGGGACAGAGGGGACGCUCGGCCAAGACUCCAAAUCCAUAUAAGGUUGCGCUUGUUGUCUCCUCCUUCCUUCCCUCCUUCCCUAUUCCUACCCACUGUCCACGCAGAUAAAACCCUGCUCCUGUGUCCACGCAGAUAAGACCCUGCUCCUGCUAUCUACUACUGCCUCCUUGUUCCUCGCUCUGGUGAGUGUGCUGUGACUCCCGUACUAGGCUUGACUGUAUUGGUUGCGAAAGGCGUGCCAAGCAAAGCUGUUCCCACGACCAUCUCGCUCAUACCCAUCCCCUUACAUCACUUGUCACUUCCCACCCACCCAGACGAUCAAUCGCACACAUACCCACUAGCACUCAGAGUAUACUCGCCUAACUCACACAGCAACACACACAUAUCCCCCAUCACCACCACACAAACUCGCCAAAAAUGGAUCCCAUCGCAACCGACACUACCCCCCUCAUCCCCCAAUCGGACUCGCCCAUCUCCAAAACCACCUCCUCCGCUACCCUCGACCCCACCUCCAACACAACAACCCUCCCCCGCAAAUCAACCUCCACAACCACCUCCGAAAUUCACAAGCAGAAAUCAGCUUACAUCAAGUCCAUCAUCCACUCUCUCGUGCACUGGGAGAACCCGAUUGCUAGUGCGAUUGUGCUUGGUGGGAUUUUGGGUGGAAAUUAUCUCCUGGCCCACUAUUCGCCGAUUAGAGUGCUCGCACUGGUUUUUGGGACCGUUACGUUUGCUAAUUUGGUGUUUGUGAAUGGUUGGGUUUAUGGGGCUAGUCUUUUUGUCCAUGCUGAUAAGGAUGGGGGUGUUAGGAAGCCGCCUACUAUGUGGUUCCUGGACAACGCGAACCGUCAACCGUUGUCACACUCUCUCGUCCGUGACUGGUCCGACUUUAUCGUGGACACUGUCAACGUAGCCGUCAGUUCCCUCGCGUCGUUGGUCGCUGUUGAUGACAACAAGAAGUCUGCUGAGGCCCUCUUCGCAACCGGCCUCCUCUAUCUCCUCUCCUCCUACAUCUCCUCCACGACCCUCUUCAUCCUUUUCACCCUCUCCUCCUUCACCUUGCCCCUAAUCUACAAGCACAACAAGACCCUCAUCGAUACGCACGCCAACAACGUGCACGCCCAGGCCUCUGUGCACGUCAACCGCGCGACAUCUGUUGUCGGGACGUACUGGAACUCGGCGGCGGAGCAGACGAAGAGGAAGAUAGCCGAGGCGAGCAAGAAGGGGAAGGCGGCUGUCGGGAAGGCGGGGGAUGCGGCGAGGGGGGUUGGGAAGAAGGCCGAGUAGGGCGUUGCUAUGUUUGGAAUUGAUGCAUUUGUGGGAAGUGGGGAAACAUCGAAUGCCGGUGUCUCGCGUCGCCCCAACACACAAAAGUGCAUGUAGAUUCAUCCUCCAUCCUCUUGGGGUUUUGGGCUUGUAAGAGUGAGGGUUCACAUUCCCUCGCUUUUUUUGCUUUUUGGUGUCUUGCGGGACACCUCUCCCCCCCAUCGCUGUUUUCAUGUUUCUUGGUCUGUCAUAAGUUUUUGCGUCAUAUCAUGCGUUUGUCCACACAUUCUUUUUGUGAUGCUCUUUUCGUGAGUCGAAAUAUGACUUGAGACGUUUGAAGUUUA